UUUCUAAAUUCAAAAAUUCCUACUUAUUUACACAAGCUCUUCUCACACCACCACCUUAUCUGCUUGCUUGAGGAGUUAACCCAAAUCUACCUUGGUCUGCACUCAAAGAACAAGAGCUGCAGCUUUAAUAUCAAAUCCACCUAUUCCCCCACAACUCUCACACCCCUCAACACAACUAUUGAUCUCUCUUCUCCAAUUCAACAUGUCUUUACAAGUUCAACCGCUUGCACAGCCACAGCCACUGCAGCAGCAACAGCAACCUGUUCAGGUCUACCCCACCAGUGUCACAUACCAGUCACCACCUCACCAUUCAAAUGGGUCUUUUGGGUCAGUUUUUGUUGUCUUGGCUAUAAUAGUAGUCAUUUCUGCAGUUGCAUGCUGUCUUGGAAGGCUUUGCAACCGACGCAGCCACAGCCACAGCUACAGUCACAGCCAGAAAAAUGUUAAGCCACACAAGCAGCAACAGCAGCAGCAGAAGAACCACAAUUUUCGUCCAAAAGAAGUGGACAUUGAAUUCGGGUUUGACAAGAGAAUCGCUGCUUCCAAGCCUAAUGGACAUGGAGCAGGCAGAGGAAUGAAGCCAAUUCCUCAUCAUGGUGACAUGAAAACUUUUGAAAUGAAGCUUGGCCACCAAGGAAAACCAAGACCAGGUCCAUGAAGGGAAUUAUAAGGGAACACUAUAAUUAUGUAGACAUAUAUGUCCAUCUUCUUGUUGGCAACUGUUCCACCACUAUACCAUUGUGUUUUUAUUUAUCUUCUCUGUUUUUCAGUCUCUUAGAUUUGCAACUGCAAGAUGAAAUGUAUAAUUAUCUUCUCUACUUUUUUGUGCCCUUGUUUUGAUAUUAGAAAACAAAACAUGUGUUCUUUCUGCA